GUGCAUCAAUCAUCAGCGCAUCGAACAGAUCCAUCCGAGCUGGCGCAGUGAUCUUACGCCUUCACCAGUCCAGUCAGCUGCGAGAGAGUGCGUGUGUGCGUGUGCUUGUGUGUGCUUGUGUGUCUACACGUCAGUUUUCCCUGCAGUGUGGACAGUGUGGAAAGUGUGUGAAUAUCCAAAGGACGAUCACGAUGUCACAAGGAUGCGGUGUGAUUGCAGUCGCCGUACUGCUGCUAGCGAUCGUCUGUCAGGGUGCGGUCGGUGAGCCCGACCCGGGACCGGCCGGUACGACCCCAACCAAGCUGGAUGACUACGUGCUCAACACCCAGUCGGAGUGCUACAAGUCAAAGCGAUUGCUGUCCUGCUUCAAGUAUCGGUUUUCGCGCUACCUGUGGUCGUUCGCGACCGGGCGCAUGAACUGGUUCGCGGCCGAGAAUCAAGCGGUGGAGAGCACCGGUGGUGGUCUGAAGUUGGUGCGACUGAACGAACCGAAGGAGGACGAUGUGUUUCCGGAGGCACGACAAAUUAGCCCGUACGAUAGUGAAUUAAUUAAAGGCGCCAAGUUUCUGCAACGGUCCCUGAACACGUUCAUCGCCAGCCAUGGUGUGCAGGUGGGCAUGGGUGCGGAAAGUGGAGCCCGGUUUCUGGCCGACGAAGACUUUGAGGCCCGUGGCAAGAAGCAGAAGCAGCGCAAGUGGAGCCUUAUUCUUCCGCUGGCUGUGAUGCUGAAGCUGGUCCAUCUGAAGUUGCUGCUCAAGCCGAUUCUGCUCGGGGUGGGACUGAUCCAGGUGCUGCUGAUUGCUGGCGGAUUGCUGCUCUUCCAUUUCUUCCGCAAUACGAAUAUUUGCAAGAUUCAGCCACACGUCAUUCAUGCCCAUUCUCACAUCUCGAGCGAAUCCAGUCCAGAACUAUCCUACGCCGCGUACGGAGCGUACCCAUCGUAUUCGGCCUCGCCCUACAAUGCGUACAGCAAGGAUUGGGCCAGCAACCGGGCGUACAGCGGCUACAGCUUCCUCGAUGCCAUCGAUAAUCAUAAAAUCUAGAACGCUUUUUCUUUUUGUUAAAGAGGACACGGUCCACCGAGCCAUGACACAUUCCAAGCACAGUACUUUCUCUCUAGAAUUUCUCUUGAAGCUUCCUUCGAACCUGCUCUAGUCUCGCUUUCAACUUAAACAUUGGUGGUGUGGCAUUCCUUCAGGGGAAAAAAAACACGUCAUCACUUGUCCGAUGUCUCAUUUUUCCUUCUUAAGCACGCUCGAUCCUACUUCUUUUCUUACUUCAUUUUUCAUGUUCCCCGUGCUUUCUAUCUCUUUUUCCGUCUUUCCCUUUCACUUUCACACGCAUUGCACAUCACUCCUAUCGAAACGAAAAUUGUGCAAACUCGAGCUUUAUGUUCAUCAUCGCCCAAUGCUGUCUCUUCCCCGAAAGGCUUUUCCCCAUGAAGCUCGGUCCGUGUCGGUGUCUAGUAGUAAUUUGUUGAUUAAUGUAUUUAUUUAUUGAUUUAAUUAUUUAUUGAAUUAUUUAUUGGUUCGUACUCGUGCUCGUGCCAGUCUUCACGAAAGGCUCACACCGAAGCGAAUAUAUGUAAACGGUAGGACAGAGAGAGAGAGAGAGAACCCCGGGACGACAUCAGUGUCCAGCCCCGGUCCGGCGAAACACGGAUGCGGUGAAUAAAACGUGCGAAAACAGUA